AUGCCGACUGACUCGCGCAUCUCCGCGACUUCGGUCCUAUCGCCACCGUCGUCUGGCAUCGACGCAUUGGGGAUCCUCGACUUGGGCUCAUCAAAUCCCGGAAGCGCCAGUGCCAGUGGGGCGUCGGGCGGGACCAACGCGCACCAUCUCGCAUCGCAAACCUCGUCCUCAAGCUCUGGCUCGACCUUUCACGGCGACCCACUCCGCGGUCACCCCGCCGCAGCCUACCAGUACCGCCAACCCAACCGGAACCCUUACCCUCAAUCGUAUCGGGGGGAAUAUAGCUCGACGGCAGACGCAGAUCUUUCCGCAGAAGCACUAGGGUUGCCGCCGGACACCGAGAUCUCCCGUAUCGGCGAAGGGGAAAGCUACCGCGUGCGCGCCGUGUACGACUUUGACGCGACAGACGAGUCAGCCCUCAGCUUUCGAGCAGGCGACGUAAUAGAGGUCCUCACUAUGCUCCCCUCAGGAUGGUGGGACGGCAUGCUCGGCGCAAACCGCGGCUGGUUCCCAAGCAAUUAUGUCGAGGACUAUUACGACGACGACGACGACAGCCGCUACGGUGAUUACGUCGAGAUGGCACCAGACGGCAGUAUACAGAUCCGCAACGGCUCCACUGUUGCGGACCUUCUCGGGGUCGACGACAGCCUCGCCACUGGCUGGGGUGGGCGCGACUGGGUUGGUUCAUCAAGCUCACUCGACGACCUCCUGGCACUCGAAAGGAUGGACGAGCAGAAUGCUCAUCACCUCCACCGUCGUCGCACCGAUAGCCUCGCUAGCCGCGCAAGCCAGUCUAGUCGAAGCACGGGCCGCGUGGGGCCAGCAGCAAUCACUGCGGGGGCUCGUCGCAGCGGAGAUGACGAUCAUAGUCACGACAACCCAGACGAAACGUUGCAACAGGCAUCACUUGCCCGGGGCCACCGUGACGCGUGGGUCCCGACCCUCACAGCAGACGGUCAGGUCUAUUACCACAACACGACCACAGGCGAAGACGUGUGGUACAUCCCCGAAGGCGUGGAUGAAUUGGGCAUGUCACGUCCAGCCAGUCAGGCAAGUAGCCAACCCCGAGACGGUCCAGGACAUGGUCGUGUCCACCCCCUCAACCUCGAUUCCCGAGACCUUCGCGGCCAUUCUUCCUACGACCCCGCUGCCCGUUUGGCCGCUGCAGCACUGUCCUCGGCCGACGACUUUCGUGUACCCGCGACGCGCCAAGCACCUCUCCCUUAUCCCUGGCUCGCUCGGCUCACCGACGACGGCCGCAGUUGGUACUAUAUCAACCAGGUUACGGGCGAGAUGAGUCACGAGCCCCCACCUCAGACACCAACCACUGCGGCGACCACAGAGAGUGGGCAGGAUGGGACGGCCUCGCCGCGCCGGCCAAGCGUCAGCACCGUCGCGUCCACAACCUUGUCUGUCGCGCGCCCACCACGACGCUCGUCGCUGCGCCACUCGCAGCUCGACUUGGAGAACCGGAUACACUCUGCGCUUGCGGCCCUCUAUCACACCCCACCGCAGUCGAUGCUCAACGCCCACAUAGACAAGCUAAGGAACAGCAUCAACAACCUAUACGAGGCCGCAAUGACGGGCGCCGACGUGCAGACGGAAAAGGACGAGGCAUUGCAAGCGCAUGUUGGAAUGCAGCAGGCGUUGGCAAAGGACUUUACGGCGUGCGUCGCCCUCAAUGAGUGCGAGCGCUUUGUCGUGGACGCAACACGAGACCUCUUCCUCGCUCUCGGCUACGUUGGGCCCUCAGUCCCGUCACCUCGAGGGCAAGAUUCGGGGAUCGCGGACGACCCACCACGCCCACAAUGGUGUACCGACAUGUCUCUGAUUGGCGUCCUUGGAUUAAUCGCGAGCACGGUGCGCGUCGCCACCGAGGGCAGUCGCGACAGUGCCACCUCGCGCAUACCGUGGGACAACGUCAUGCGUGCCGCAGCCAAGAUGCGCGCGACGUUGGAAGCUUUCCCGGCUAUCGUACAUAUGGACCAGGCCGAACGCGAAUCGACUGUGGGACGACAGCUGGUGGCGUGGUUUGGUGCGGAGCACGUUGGAGACUUCAUGUCGGGUCGUUUCGGCUUCGGCGCGCCAACCGAUAUUCUGCUUCGAGCCUUGGACCAGGCAGCCGUUGUGGAAGUGCAAAAGCUCAAGGCCGAGGUGGACGCCGCAUUGCGAGCGGCAACGGCGCAGACGGGCGGCGCCGUGUUCGACCUGAUCCGGUCAUCGUCAUAUUUCCGUGACGCGGUCGCGCGCAUCGACGUUGCGAUUGUCAUCGACCUCGACGGCGACAAGGACAACACCAACGAGGCACAGCAACCCGAGGACGCGCGACAUUACACUGAGCUCGUGUCACGCGCGCGCUCGUCGCUGCGGGACCUGGACGACGCGUGCAUGUCGCUCGACACUGCUGCGGCUGACGUCUUCCUCAAUAUUGAUGAACCCGGGUCUCUGUCAUCCCGCGAGCUGGUCGGGCAGGGCGUCAGCACUGUGUUCCGCACACUCUCUGCGCUCCUCGUUGUGGCGCAGCAGCAGGCAGCGACGGUCGAGCAGGGAGUUGUCAAGGGGUCGAUAGGUGGCCGCUCACCAGCAAAGACGCUCGCUGCCACCCACACACACACCCGCGGGCCGUCGGUGACGUCGAUGGAGUCGCCGUCGCACACCCGCGUACAGCCUCAGCACCAACGAAACGCAUCGGGCGGAUCGACCGAGAGCCGGGCCACGCGCGCCACGGGUGGGUCAGCAGAGCAGGAGUUCCUCGACAGCGACGACCGCCGCUCAAUCACUGACAAGGCGAGCAAGAGGCUGUCUCGGCAGUCGCAACCGUCGGCGUCGGCUUCGCAAUCGAGCUUAGUCAAGCCGCACGGGCCGUCGUCAAGCAAGACGUCGCUCGGCGAGCAGCCAGACUCCGAGGCGGGAAGCAUGCGCGGCUCGAACCGUUCGUCGAUCCUCAAGGCCGUGCCAUCCUUCUUGCGCGCCGGCCGCUCCGACUCGGUCAGCCAGGGCAAACCGUCCAAGAAGUACCCGCGAAUCAAGGAGGACCGCUCGUCGAUGAUACUCACGUCGCCGCCGCCUGCGCCCAUGAGCGUACCGCCAGCCGCCGCCAUGCGCGCCGCACCACCAUGGUACCUCUCGUCCGACUACCCACCAGGUGACAUCGUGUUCGACGAGGAGAAGGGCACCGUCAAAGCAGGCACGAUUCGCGCCCUUAUCGAGCGUCUUACACCACACACCAGCUCCGACACGGCGUUUUUCCAGGCAUUCCUGCUCACGUACCGCUCGUUCGUGUCGACUGACGACCUCGUGGAAUUGCUUCUCGAGCGCUACCACGUCGAACCGCCCCCCGACCUCACUGAGGAGCAGAUGAAGGAGUGGAGGAUGAGAAAACAAACGCCGAUUAGGCUACGUGUCGCCAACACUCUCAAAACGUGGCUCGAGCAUCAUUACAUCGAGGAGCAGGACCGUAAGGCACUCGACGUCGUUGAGGACUUUGCGACGACGACGCUCAUGGCGAACGGGAGCGAGUUGUUAUCCAAGCAGCUUCUUCAACUCGUCGACCGAAGGCGACGUGGGGAGGCGACUGCCAAGAGCCGUAUUGUCAUGGGCGGACCAGUGCCUCAGCCUCCAAUCCAGCCUCGCAUCGUGCCGGGCAAGCCGCUGACGUUGCUCGACAUCCAGCCGCUCGAGCUCGCUCGGCAGCUGACCAUCCUCGAGUCUGGCCAUUUCGUGAAAAUCAGACCACCAGAGUUCCUCAACAAGACGUGGCAGAAGGACGACUCGGACAUGACGGCGCCAAAUCUCAGCAAGGCAAUCAGCUCUUCGAAUGCGCUCUCGCUCCUCAUCCAGAAGAUCAUCCUACAGACCAAGGAUGUCAAGCAACGCGCUGCCAUGAUCAAGCAUCUUGUGCGCACCUGCGUCGAGUGCAAGGACCUGAACAACUUUUCGUCCAUGUCCGCGGUGUGUGCAGGCCUCGUGGCCAGCUCGGUCCAACGUCUGCGCAAGUCUUGGGAGCCCCAGAGCGACAAGACAAUGCGGGACUUCGCAAUGCUCGAGGAGCUGAUGAGCUCGACGCGCAACUUCCAGAAGCACAAGGAGAUGCUCAAGACGAUCAACCCACCGUGCGUACCCUUCCUGGGCUUCUACCUCUCCAUGCUCGUGUUCAUCGAGGACGGAAACCGGGACUUUGUCCCUCCGCCCGUUCUCGACGCGAAUGGGAAUGUCAUACGCACGGCAGGUAUGGGGAGGACGACGAGCAUGACAUCUGCAAUGACGCGGGCUGGAUCCACAUCAUCAGGACUGGAUGGCGCGUUCGGGCGCAGCGGCAGCAUUGCGCCGAGCAUGACGAGCAUCUCGACGACGGCGUCGAACGGCGUAGCUCCAAGCAGCAGCAGCACGCUGGUUGCGUCAACAAGCAGCGCGACGAGCAACGGCGGCGAGAAAGACAAGCCGAUGCUGAUCAACUUCUUCAAGCGCGGACUUACGGCUGAGAUCCUCCGUGAGAUUCAGCAGUACCAGGCGCAGCCGUACAACCUGGCGCUGUGCAAGCCCGUCAUGGACUUCAUCGAGGAGCAGAUUGCCGGCGUGACAGAGAGCGUCGACGAACUGUACGAGAUCUCCCUCGUGACCGAACCCAAGGAACGGUCCCAGGUGCUCGCGGACGAGCGCGCGAUGACCGCCCUUGGCAUGGGGAGGAUAUAG